AACCUCAUCUCAUUCAUUCUCUGCACAUCGUAGCGAUUCCGACUUUCUCGAAAGCGUCACCUCUCCUGGUAAACGUCACCACAUACACAUGUCCCUCGCGCAUCGCCCGAUCCCGCCCCCGCGCAGCCAGUCGUCCCCCGAAGGAGCAGCCCAGGAAGAAAAGCAGGGCAUCACCAUGGUCGGCGCGAUUGCAAUCGGUGUUGGUGUUGCGGCUGCUGCGUUUGUCGGCCGAGCAUGGAUGGUCGGGCGCGCAAAAGGCUCCGCAGGCUUCGGCAAGGCGUUCUACAAGGGCGGCUUCGAGAGCAAGAUGAACCGGCGGGAGGCCGCGCUGAUACUGGGGCUACAGGAGCGAGGCACGACAAAGGAACUGGUGCGCAAGAAGCAUCGGCAGAUGAUGCUGCUGAACCAUCCUGAUCGCGGUGGGAGUCCGUAUUUGGCGACGAAGAUCAACGAGGCGAAGGAUUUUAUGGAGAAGAAUGUUUAGGGGGCUGAGGGAGGGAGAAGGAGAGGGAAGGAGACUGUAUGAUAUGGGGCUAUGGCAAAGGAUGUAAAAUGUGGUGCGAAGUCAGUAGCAGAGAGGAGCAUCAGCGCGGCGUUUCUUACGGCUUGGGCAUACUACCUGGGUGCUUCACCACUCCAUAUGGGUGACAGGAUGAUCGCCUUGAGCGUAUUCCUACAUUGUAUAUAUUACUCCCAUCUGUACAUCUACAUAUAUUAUACCAUCCAGACU